AUGGCCAACGCCACCCCUGCUGGUUCUCUCCCUAGUGCUCAAGAUUCGUCGAUUCAUGUAAAGGGAGAGGCUCCCCAAGGUCCCCUCGCCGAAUCCUCAUCUCGGCUAGGCCGAAUCCUGCGCUGGCUUGUGGUCCCCUUCUCUCCCCAAGGGGCAGCAAGGAUGGAUAGGACAGGCAGAGCAGUCUAUCGGAGGAGGGACAGAAAUGUGAGAGCCAGGAACUAUGUUGAUCCCUCAGUGGGGGAUGGGACAGCCAGGGAUGAGGUUGCAAAUGUCUCAGAUAUUCCAGAGAGCAGUGAGGCAGCAGCUCAGAGGUCCAGGAGAUCAGUGUUUCAGCGUGUUCAGCAGCUUCCUAGAGGCACCAUGACCAUUGAUGAAGAAGGUACUGCUCACUCUACCGAUACAGAUGACGAUGAUGAGGUUGAGGAUGAAAAUUACAGGAUCAAUCCUCAUGAUGCUGGUGAUGAGGAAGAUGAGGCAGUGUUGGGGUCUCUAGUUGGAAGGCUAAGGCCCAGUGCUCAGCAACAGCAGACAAUAGCUAGACAGGAGAGACCUAGAGUCAAGUAUUCUUAUGCUAGAGAGAGAGAUUCUUCUCUCUUUGCUGUGCUCAAGUCUAUAUUCUGUAUGUGCAAGCGUACCGAUGAGAGAACUCACAAGGAGAGGCAAGGAAGGAAGAAGACCACCGAGAUGGUCAAGAAGAACCGACGAGAUAUUAAGGAGAUGAGGAGGCUAGUAGGACAGGAAGUGUCUCCAGAUGGAUCUGAGUUACAGUCAAAGGCAGAGAGCUCUCCAGAGCAAGUUACUGAUUUCGAGACACUUAAGCUCAGGGGCGUGCAGCACCUCAGGAGCAGUUUCUGCCAGGCUAUGGCAUGGGAGGUCAGCAGUUUGUACCUGGAUUUGGGACAGGUGGUCACUACACUGCAGGCGAGUCGUUUUCAGCGCCAUACCUUCAGCAGCAGCAACAGUUUGGACCCUAUGCUCACUCCUCUCACUCUCAGUUUUCAGGGUCAUAGUUUGCUCACCCAUCGUACACAGGACCUCAGUAGCAGUUUGGUACCCAGUUGA